CUAUGGAGCAAUGUGAGGGCGGACUAGCAGAGUGUAUGAGGCAGCGGCUGAUACUCGCCUUUGCAAGCAGCCUGUAGAGCAUGCGCACUGAGCGUAGGGGGUGAUAAUAACAGGGCUUUACAGAUAACAAUGGCGUCCUCCAAGCGCAUGGCAGAUCUUGGAUAUAAGAUGUUUUCUGGAACCAUGAUGCUGCUGACCCUGUAUGGCGGGUACCUGUGCAGUAUUCGGGCGUAUCGCUACUUCAAGAGACAAGAGCAGCUGCAAGCGGCAGCGGAGAACCAGACAGAAGCCAUCCUUAAGGACUGACCUCAGGACUGUCCACAGGAGACACUGCCUUCCUUGAGGUUAUUCUCCAUCCACAUCACCUGCCAACAACCUGUGGAGCUGCGUUCACAUUACUGGGCUGUUAUUUAAAUUUAUUUUUCUUACAUUAAUUUUUUAUUUCUCUUCAAUUAAAUGUCAUAUCUGUUCUAUUCAGACUCCAAUUUCAGCUAAACAGGAGAUUCUUCAUGAAUUCAAUAGGAUUGUACUUUUUAUUGCACAUUCUUCUUUUUUUAUUUUAUGAGAAUAAUUCUGGCCUUUAUGAAAAUGCCUUGAUAAACGAUUUAGAAAUUUGCACAGCUAAAGUCUAGUGCAAGAUAGUCCCAUGCAGAAGUACAUGUGGCCCCUACACUUUGGCCCUCUGUAGGGCUGGAUACACAUCCAUUAGGAGCCUCGGCAGAAAAGGACACAUUACUGCUUCAUGCAGAGUGGUGGAGACAUGAUUAUAGUCAGGGGGAUCCGUUGGUGACCGUUGUAUUUGGCGUUUCUUUUUUUUUCCCUUUCAGUUCCUACUCCAGGACGGUAUGUGCAUAGUACAAUCUGGAGAUAGGCUAAAGACCUAUGAUUGAGCAUGCCGUUUACGUGAUUGUUACUCUUGUGGUGCUGUAGAUUUCAAGGUUAUACAGAGCAGAUAUGGUAGUAUGAGGAGAAGCAGGGCUGGGAAGAUGAACUCACUCUUGCAUGGAGUUGGUAGAAAUAUACUGAUUCCAACUCUCUUCAAA